CUGUUAUUACCAUCGACAACUGGCCACCUCUAACACAUCUGUUUGCGAAAAAAUUAAAUUCUUUGGGUUUUCGCUGUAAAUUAGCUGGCAAAAAUGAACCUAAUAAGUGGUAUAAAGCUGUACAUCGAUAAGAUGUGCACCGAAUCGGGGCCGGGCAUGAAAAUCAUCCUGCUUGACAAGGAGACGACGAGUAUUAUUUCGAUGGCCUUUAGCCAGUCGGACAUGCUGCAAAGGGAGGUGUACCUGUUCGAGCGACUGGAUUCCGGAAGGUCCAACGAGCGGCUAAAGUACCUAAAGUGCAUCGUCUUCAUCCGGCCCACCAAGCAAAACAUCCAGUUGCUGGCCAACGAACUUCGGAAUCCCAAAUACAGUGCCUACUACAUAUAUUUUAGCAACAUAAUACCCCGAACGGACAUCAAAUACUUGGCGGAGUGCGACGAGUCCGAGUCGGUGCGGGAGGUGAAGGAACUGUAUGCGGACUACCUGUGCGUCAACCCCAAUCUGUUCUCCCUCAACAUACCGAAUUGCAUGGCUAACCUUAACUGGCUGCCGGAUGCCCUGACCCACAGCAUGCAAGGCAUCACUGCGGUGCUACUUUCCCUUAAGCUGAACCCCGUGAUCCGGUACCGGGCCGGCUCCCAAGCCGCCCAGCUGCUGGCCAAGCUGAUCUACGAGCAGAUCACCAAGGAAUCAAGCUUGUUCGACUUUCGUUCAAAUAUCGAUGGCUCGGCCCCUCCAUUGCUACUUAUACUAGAUCGAAGGGACGACCCCGUGACGCCUCUUUUGCAUCAGUGGACCUAUCAAGCGAUGGUUCAUGAGUUGCUGCAGAUCAAUAACAACCGCGUGGACCUCUCCAAUCGACCCAACGUGCCCAAGGACUUUAAGGAGCUGGUUUUAUCCGGAGACCAGGAUGAUUUCUAUGGGAACAACAUGUACGCCAACUACGGUGAGAUCGGCUCCACCAUCAAGCAACUGAUGGAGGAGUUCCAGCGCAAGGCAAACGACCACAAGAAGGUGGAGAGCAUAGCGGACAUGAAGAACUUCAUCGAGUCGUAUCCGCAGUUUAAGAAAAUGUCUGGAACGGUGCAGAAGCAUCUGUGCGUCAUCGGAGAACUUUCCGCGCUUAGCAAUAAGCGCAAUUUGUUCGAGGUUUCCGAGCUGGAGCAGGAGAUGGCCUGCAAAGCGGAGCACUCGGCCCAGCUGCAGCGAAUAAAGAAGCUAAUCGCAGACGAGAGGGUCUCUGUGGAGGAUGCCCUCAAGCUGGUGGCUCUCUAUGCGCUGAGGUACGAACGGCAUGCCAACUGCGACACAUCUGGACUGCUGCAAAUAAUCAAGACGCGUGGAGGAAGAGCUGCAGUGGUGCCCGCUCUGAUCGAGUAUGCUGGUACUCAUGUCAGGCAGGGGGAUCUCUUCAACAUGGUGCGGAUUACAGACGCCGUAAAGCUGACGCGCAACCUGAUCAAGGGCCUCAAGGGCGUGGAGAAUGUCUUCACCCAGCACACUCCGCUGCUGAAGGAAUCCCUCGAGGAUGUUUUCAAGGGUCGCGAACUGGAUCCCCUCUAUCCGGCCAUCAAUUCCGAGCUCGUGCCAUUCCGAAGACCACCGCAGGAGGUGGUGGUCUUCAUCAUUGGCGGCGCCACCUACGAGGAGGCCUUAGCCGUACAUCAACUGAACAAUGCCGGCUAUAGGGUCAUCCUAGGCGGCACCACUAUCCAUAAUUCUCAGACCUUUAUCGGCGAGGUUUUGGCCGCUACGAAUGGCAUCCAAUUUAAGCAUACCAAAUCCAUGAUCAAGUAUUGUUCCACUGAUAAUAUCUAAGGCGCAAAGUGACUAGCGACAAUUGUAUUGUUAUCUAUUUAUUAAUUUACCCAUUAUGUGCAUAAUCCAUUUACUAAUCGAUGUAUUAAGUAUACAGUUUCAAUGAGAUAUUGAUCAAAAUUCAGUUUCCCGGUUAGCUAAUGUAAUGUUAGCUAUGUAAAAUCUUUGCCUAUAACCAGAGCUGGUGCACACCAUUUUUCCAAUGGGUUUUUUUUACAACGAUCGUUAUCAUAUUCACUUCAAAAUCUGUUUUUAACAUUUAGAAAAAUCUUUCUGGAUCUUCGAGCUAUCGUCUUUUGAGUUUAUAUCGUUGAUAUCCCAUAUUUUCUGCACUUUUAAGUUAAAAUAUUUUGACAACCUGACUUAUUGGAAACCGAAUUUGAGUUGGAAACAUUCUUCUUGGUUCCGAAAAGCUGUCUACCUGUGUAAUCUUUAAGAUAAGUAGUACUGGAGUUACUUAUAUUGAAGUGUUUUUAUCAUUGGCUUUUUCGUCAAGAGGUUCUUCGAAAGGGAGACUUAUUUUGGUUCAGAAACGAUAAACUGUUAUUUUCCAGCUCUGCUUAUAACAAAUAUUACCCUAUAAUUUACCAGGGACUCGUAAAACGGGAGAAAGCGUAUCUAUCUUUAGAUUAUUCCAUGUAAUAUAACCAUUGUAAUCCAUUGGACUACUGCCUUUUUCAAGUAUUCCAUGUAAUAUAUAUGUGUAAAUGUAUUUAUUUGCGUUGUCCUGGAAAGGAUCUCAUGGCAACGGCUAAACGCGAAAUAUAU